GGAGUGUGAGAUAGGUGACAAACGAGGGAAUAUAUUUGAUGAUACCAGAUCUUGGGAAAGUCAAUGACGUCACGGGUACGUAGAAAUCCGUCCGCGCGGUGUGCUAAAUUUUGUCACACCCAUCCACUCUCGUUGAUCAGGGAAGCGCAACAACCAGAAUGAGUCGUAGAAAGGUACAGUCGUAUUUUUAUUCUCACCGAUCUAACCCAGAGAGUCGUCGGAAAUAUGUAUCUUGGUGCCACCGCUUCCAUUCCAGGACAUUUUGUGCCUCCAGGCAGCUACAGAUGACAGUGCUUUGCACGUGGGGAAGUUCCGAUGACCACCAUCUGAUCCUGAACUCGCAAAGGCCUGCCACGUCAACAAUUUUAUGUGCGCAGUUCACACGAUCGCUGACAUACGUGCCCAGCGUGACUUUCUAUCAGAUUACAAGACUCUGGGCACGAAUCGGGCUUUCAACCAGAUCGUUGUCAUCUCAGCACCGGUGCCAGGCACAAACGUCGCAUCCUUCGGGGAAAAGCCAUCAGCGAUCGCAGCCUUCGCGAUGCGGCCCCUUUGGGCGUAGCACGCCUAUAACAUUUCUCGCAGUCCCGACCACAUUCGGUCUAGCUUCCACAUGGCUACCUACCUUUAUUCCCUUGUAGGUACGCAGGGAUUGGCCAUAAGCCUCCGAACGUAUUCAGAGCCGCCUGUCGCAGCUGUUUUCGCAUCAGGAGCCGGCAUGUUGUUCGACCGCCCACCUAUUUCUGCUUUUACAGGGUCUAUACCGAAGGAUCUCUGCUGCGUCAUC